AUGCCGGGCUUCGCAGAUCUCAAGGACCGGGCGUCCAACGUUUUCGGUGGCGUUGGGUUCGAAAAGUUCGAAACCAAGCAAGGCUAUGACCAGAUGGAUGGGGCGGCCGUCGGUGGCGCCUACCAGACGGACACCGGCGGCAACGACUCACCGAUGUCGUUCGAGGAAAUUGAACGGCCACCGUUGCGCCACGUCGACAAGUACGUCCGGGCGGAGUGUCCCUGCAUCAAGACGACCCGCUACACGAUCUCGCUGAUGACCUGCCUCGGCUUUAUCAUUUCGUUUGGUAUGCGCUGUAACAUGGGCAUGGCCAAGCUGCAGUUCGAGAACGGGUCGGUAAAAUACAACUGGACCGUGGCGAUGGAGAGUGCCGUCGAUUCGUCUUUCUUCUGGGGCUACCUAGUGACGCAGGUACCGGGCGGUUUCCUCGCAUCGAUGUUUCCAGCAAAUCGUAUCUUCGGCACGGCCAUCGCCAUCUCGGCCUUUCUGAACCUGCUCGUCCCGGGCGCCAUGAUGCUGCAUCCGACCGUUGUGAUUCUGGUACGCGUCCUGCAGGGUCUGGUAGAGGUGAGUAGAUGUCGGUCGAAAAGUUUCCCGACUGUCAGAAACCGUACGAGCGCGUAUGUCACCGGUUCGGGGUUCUCGCUCUAGGGUGUAACGUAUCCCGCCUGUCACGGUAUAUGGCGCUUCUGGGCCCCACCACUCGAGCGCUCCCGGCUGGCAACGAUGGCAUUCAGCGGGUCGUACGCGGGUGUCGUGAUAGGUAUGCCAAUGUCCGGCAUUCUGACCGGCUCGAUCAGUUGGCACGCCCCGUUCUACUUCUACGGCGUGAUGGGUCUGAUAUGGUACUGCUUUUGGCUGUGGUUAUCGUUCGAGAAACCGCGCCAACAUCCAACCAUCUCCGUGAAGGAGCUGAAGUACAUCGAAAAGUCACUCGGCGAAUCGGUACAGCUGCCGAUGCCGACCAUAGCAACGACACCGUGGCGUCACUUCCUGACGUCGAUGCCCGUGUACGCGAUCAUUGUGGCGAACUUUUGCCGCUCGUGGAAUUUCUAUCUGUUGGUACUGUACCAGAGUGCCUACCUGAAGCAUUCGUUCGACUUCCGGAUUGAGGAGACUGGUUUGCUGGGUGCACUGCCCCAUCUACUGAUGACGAUCAUCGUACCAUUCGGCGGUAUGCUGGCGGAUCACAUCCGAAAGACUGGUCUCCUGUCGACCACCAACGUGCGGAAGCUGUUCAACUGCGGCGGGUUCGGGUUGGAAGGUCUCUUUUUCUUGGUCGUAGCACAUGCCACCAGUUCUAUGGGUGCAGUGACGGCACUGACGCUCGGUGUUGCCUUCAGCGGGUUCGCCAUAUCCGGUUACAACGUCAAUCAUCUGGACAUUGCUCCACGCUACGCCAGUAUUCUGAUGGGAAUGUCCAACGGCAUCGGUACGAUAGCGGGCCUGAUCUGCCCUAUCGCGAUAGACCACCUUACACGGGGGCAGCCUAAAUCAUGCUGGUCCACGGUGUUCACGAUAGCAGCCACGGUACACUUGGUUGGCAUUACAUUUUACGCGAUUUUUGCGUCGGGUGAGCUACAACCGUGGGCCGAACCGACGGUAGAAGAACAACGAGCCUGGGACCCGGUUGGUUCCGGUUACGAGAAGGAAACCACCUUCAACGAUGCCGGUGACGGCGGCACUGCCGGUGGCAUUACGGAUCCAAUGGCGCAGAUCAACGCCACCAAGACGGUCUCGUACGGUGCGGUCCAACAGCACGUGGCCAACAAUCCGUUCGCCUAUCCGAACGCCAUCAGCGAGGAACCGGUACAGCCGGAAGCGAGGGACACAUACUUACACGGAAAUCCCACAGAGCGUACCUACUGA